AUGAAUGUGGUUGUAGACCAUACUAGAAAUGAUGGAUACAAGAUCAUUAAACAUUUUCACAGUUUUCCAGUGUGCUUAAUCGUGGAAGUCACAUCAUAUGUGUUGGUGGGACGGGACCCUGAUGGACUGACUUCAAGUGGAGAAGACGUGAAAGGCUUUGGCAUGAGUCAAACCUCAACCAACAAGAUACACCAGUGUUCCUACUGUGGCUACUCCACUCCCAAGUAUGCUCACUAUGCAGUCCAUUUGCGAACUCAUACAGGAGAGAAGCCUUACGUCUGUCCUUGCUGUCCAUUUCGCUGCACACAGAGCGGCAAUCUCAAAAUUCAUCUUCGAACUCACACUGGAGAGAAACCAUAUUCUUGCCAUUACUGUCCAUUCCGCUGUACCCAGAAAAGCAAUCUCAAGAUACAUCUACGCACCCACAAUGGAGAAAAGCCAAACUCCUGUGACUAUGGCCUCUUUAGAUGUGACAGUAUUGAUGUAUGCAUUGGAAAAUUUAUUAAACACCUGAAGAUGUCUUUAAAGUUCCUUUAUUCAUAG